GGUUGGCUCAGUGGGCAACCAUCUCGGAUUCCCGUACCGCAUCGGUAGCCGGGGGACAUCCACACAUUCGUCCGACUGUUCGACGCUUGAUCGAAUACACGCUCGGAGGAUCCAUGAGUGGAGCGGCCGGAAAUAGGCACAGUUAAGGGGAGAUGGCUGAACUCCGCAAUCCGAUCGAUCUCGAUCUUGUGGGAGACGAGCUCGACCGACGACAAAAUAAAACUUGCUUCCGUAACUACCAGUAUCGUCUCGUAUCUCAUCCCGGCAGAAAGAUGGGCCUUGCGCUGACUGAGAACCUGGUGACAAAAGCCCCGGCAGAUUCGGUACGGCGAAUGCUAUCCGAUGACGCCGCCGUCGUACGUCGUACCGUACCCCGCUCAUUCAUGUAUUCCGCAGCGCGUCCUCGAGACUCGAGAGUCGAUAGUCGAGAUCAGCAGCUUCACGCACAAGAAAAAUGGAUCCCACGCUACCUCCCUGGACGCCCCUCCCCUCAAUCCGCAACCUCCGCGACGCUGGCGGAUACGCGACGACUACGCCAGGCACCUCCGUUCGCCGGGGACUCUUGUACCGCUCUGCGGCGCCCCAACAGCUCACCGGCGACGGUGUAGCGACCUUCACCGCGCUCGGGAUAAAAGCCGUCUUUGAUCUGCGCUCGCCCAAGGAAAUCCUCGACCAUCCGGCCAUGCCGCCGCUGGAUUACCUUCCGGACGUUACAUAUACUCCGAUAGCGGUAUUUGCCGGGGGCUGGAGUCCCGAAGCAAUGCUGUUGCGGUACCAGGACUACCUCUCCGGCACGCCGCUGGGCAAUUACAUCCACAUCCUGCGCGCGCUGCCGGGCGCAAUGAAGCCCGUGAUCGCGCACAUCCUUGCCGCCCCCGCCGCCCCGGUGCUGAUUCACUGCUCGGCGGGCAAAGACCGUACGGGCGUGAUGAUCGCGCUGCUGCUCUCGCUCGCGGGCAUGCCCGACCAGGCCGUCGCGGAGGAGUAUGCUCUCACGCAGGUGGCCAUGAGCGUCAUGAUGCAGACGAUGGGUACCAGAGUUAGGGAAAUGGGCGUUUUUAAGACGGUCGAGGCGCAGGGGUUGGCCGUGAGUGAUGAAAUGGUAUGGAAUUUGUUGAGUGCAAGGCCGGAGACUAUGCUGGGCUUGUUGGGCGUCGUUAGAGAGGAGUCCGGUGGCGUUGAGGAGUGGUUCGUGAAGGAGUGUGGGAUGGCGCCGGAUGAGGUUGACAGGUUGAAGGCGGCUUUGAGCGUGGAGGAUGAUGGAGUCGCGAACUGAAAAUACAACGCUUCGCUAUAUGUGGGAAUAUCGUAUGUUUAUCAUGCCGGGCCAAGUGGAUGAGCUCAGGAACGCUCGCUCACUGACAAAGGAAAAAUCUCAUCGCAACCACUAGUCAGAUCGUUCUCACUGCAAAUCUGGGU